AUGAUUCAACUUUUUCGCCCUCUUUAUCGGAUAUUAAAUAUUUCUAACUUGUAUGAUUGUAAAAUUUGUUACGAAGAUGAAGGUAGAAAAUUUUGUAAAAUAACUACAAAUUGUGUUCAUAAACCCGUUGUUUGUACAGAAUGUGUUAGGAAACAUAUUGAAACAUGCAUUGAAAAGCAACUUGUUGAAGUUCCUUGUCCAACGGACGGAUGUACAAAAAUAAUGGAAAGACAUGAUAUCAAAAUUUUCACAACAAAUAAAAACUUUGAAAUAUAUGAUUCACUUGCUUUCACACUUGCGAUUCAUAAAAUUCCAGAAUUUAGGUGGUGCAAAGCCCUUUGCGGAACUGGACAAAUUCAUCUUGGAAAAGCACCAAUUGUUAUCUGUCAUACGUGUAACGCAAAAUCAUGUUAUACUCAUGAAGUUAUCUGGCACGAGGGUCAGACUUGCGAAGAAUAUGAACAGAAUAAGAAACAAUUCGACUUUGCUACCGAAGAUUAUCUUUCACGAACAUCAAAACAAUGUCCUAGUUGUUCGAUGUAUAUCGAUAAAACUGGAGGUUGUGAUCACAUAACGUGUAAAUGUUCAUAUGAGUUUUGUUGGUU